CUUAAGGGAAACUUCGGCGUUCAUAAGUUCGAAGAUAAACUUUCAGUCCAAGUUCAGGAUGUAAUCAGAAGGCCAUGUUUUAUGUAGACAACAUGCAAACCCCUGAGCAGUAGGUGGCAGCAUGCGACAUUCGGUUUUAAAUAAAUUCUGCCAAAAAUAAAGGUAGCGAAUUGCACUACUCCACUACAGUAGGGGGCGGUGUUAUUAUUCCGAUUCUUCUUUUUACUCUGAAAGCCCGAAGUAGAAUGUUCUCAUAGAGCAAGUAAACGUGUGUGAUGAGUUUAUUUAGUCAUUAACAGAAAACUGAGAAAUUUAAAAUUUAAUUUUCAAAAAAAUAACUAGAAAUGGCUAGCGACUGCCAACUGAAAUUGUCAAAAAAUCUACUUCGGAUGAAGUUUAUGCAGCGGGGCCUUGAUGCUGAGGCCAAGAAGCAAUUGGAAGAAGAAGAAAAGAGAAUAAUCAGCGAUGAACAUUGGUACCUGGACCUUCCAGAGCUGAAAGCUAAGGAGAGUUUUAUCAUAGAAGAAAGAAGUUUUGUUCCCUGCGAAGACUUGAGGUUUGGAAGAAUGUCAUUCAAAGGCUUCAAUCCUGAAGUUGAGAAACUCAUGCAGCUGAUGAAUGCACACAACCGGAAUGAAGAGGAGGAUGAAGAGGAGGACUUCAGCAGAAUGGAAACUGACAUUACAGAUGAAGAAAUGGCAAACAGAUACGUCAGCUUGGUGGAGAGCAUGAAAAGAAAAUUUGCAAGGAAGCGAGAGCGGUCGGCCAUUCAGGAGGAGGAGAAGGAGGAGGAAGUUAGCAAGGAAAUAGGACCAAAGAAAAAGGCCUUUUUGAAGCCGCAAGAUUAGCAAUGUCCAGCCAAUGUUUUUCAGCUACCAGAACCAUUUUUGCCUCUGCCAGUCGUUUGAUGUGUAUGUUCAUCACUUUAUUGUAAAUGACUUCUUAUAAAAGAUGUUCAAUGGAUGUUAUACAUCUUAAUGACUUAAUGUCAUAUACCUUAGGCUAAAAUAUUCAUAUCACAUUUUGUUGUAGUUUUUUUUUUUUCUGUGCGGACCCUGUUCCUUGAGUUCCAGUUUAGCUGUUCCUGAAUUUUCACAUUUGUACUUAAGCCGGAGAUUUUGUUUUUCUGGACUGGAGUUACUUGCCUCCCAUCCAGGUUGUUUCCCUGUCCGGUGCCCUAAUCUGGGAUAGGCUACAGUUCUCACCAUCAGACUCCUGGAUGUGAUGCUGGAGGCUGGUUGCUAAGCUUUGUGUUCAAUCUAAUUCUUUUAUUUGUCAUUUUAUCAGAAACGAAACUGAGUGAUACUUGCCAUGACAUGUGUGCGCUUGCAUGUGUCCUGAGAUGGACUGGUAUGUAGUUCAGGGUACUCCCCUGCCAUGUACCAUGUACUACCUAAGCCCUUGCCACCUUGACUAGGAUGGAUGGAUGGGUGGAUGGAUGAGAGAGAGAUGUACACUUUGGGACGUUUUGUGAAAGUUUACCUCUGUUUUUUGAUAAAAAUGUCUUUUAAACCGUAUAGUGAAAAAAGGGGGAAAGCUUAUCCACUGUGAUGUUUAAUAUUUUCAGGUAGUGUCUUUGAAAAUCCAUUGGUUAUUGGACUAUGUGAAAUGGAUUAUUGUGCAUCUUUAACCAUAGGUCAUCUCCCAAACCCCCUGUAUCUUACACAUCACCUUAAAUCUGUUCUUCAAACUAAGUACAUCUCUACACAAAUCAUUUUAGUACAUAUGUCCAGUAAAUCAAAAAAAAAAUUAAGGAAUAGUUAGUAGUCCUUUUUUUUUUUUUUUCAAGCUUUGUUUUUGUGAGGCUCAAUGAAGCAUUGGGUGGCAAGUGAUUGCGCUACAGGCUGUGCCUUGAAUUUUGGAUCCUUAGAGUGUAUAUGCAGCCCUGUUAUUUAAAGGAACAAGUCUUUUUUCUAACAAGAGAUUAAACUUGUCUUUCAAAA